GACUGAUGCAAAGAUGAGAGGCGGUUUGCAGGUAUGGGCAAAAUACCUGCUUCUGUUAAGUACCAUGAGUGUUGCAGCCUCAGCCAUGCAGACAGGUAGGACGACGUUUCUACAGAUACCUUUGAUUUCCUUACUGGGCUGCUAGGGAACCUGGGGCCCAAGUCUUUGAACUGUCCCCUAAGGUGCCAAACCUGUGAAAGAUGGAAGGUGUGGGCGGGACGUGGGGGGAGCUGGAGCAGCAAAGGAGCGACUGGGAGUGUGGUCCGUGCGUAGCUUUCCAGUACGGAAGGGCUACUGCUUUCUUCUUGCUGGUUUUACAGGACAGUAAGUAGCCAGGGCUACCUACUGCAAGACAACCACCAGCACAAGUGACAGUUGGGAAAGAGAGGGAGGGGUUCAUUCCCAGUCAGAAAGAAAUACUUCCAUCCUUUUUGCUUGCACCUGCUCAUCAAGUGGUUAGCACUGGAAACACCAAGACUCCCCAGCCGUUGCAGACGCCCCCCUUCCCCCCAGUCUUGCCCCAUUAUCUUUUCCUCUGUGCCUGAACUGUGUUGGGUGAGAUGGGCCCAGUUGGGGCUGCUUUCGCGUGGCAGGGAAGUCCUGGCGGUGGCUUUGCCCCUCAAGUGCUUGGCCUUUCUUCCCCAACAGUGAGCUUGGUGGACUUCUGUGGCCAAACUCUGCAAGGGGACGGGAUGGUGUUAACUUCCCACCAAGAUUCCCGCCGUUACUACUUUGUGGUCAGUGGCACCGACUGCAAGCUCACCCUGCAGGCUGCCUCCGCCCGGGACAAGGUGCAGUUCCGGUUCCGGUUCUUCCUGGUGUACAGCAUGUUGCCCGAGUGGUCCAGUUCUCCGCCCAGUGGCCACGAGGAGCACCUCCCACAAGGGUCUCCAAAGCCCAGAAGGGAGCAAGAGGCUCCCAAGCCCUGUGCCACUGGCUCCUUCGUGCAGCUGUAUGAUGGCAGGGGCCACACUGCAGAGCCCCUGGGACCCCCACUUUGCGGCAAGAACAUCCCCAGGCCUGUCCUAUCCACCGGCAGCUUCCUGACCUUGCGGCUCGUGACCCGUGGCCAGCAGCCCCGUGUGGACUUUGUGGGUGACUUCACUUCCCUCCGGACUGGUGUAAAUGCCUCCGCCUGCCGCACAGGGCUGUAUUUCCCCUGCCGCAACGGCAAGUGCAUCCCUCACAGCUUGGUGUGCGACAGCAGCAAUGUUGACAACUGUGGGGACGGCACAGACCAAGCCGCCCGGCCCCCAGCCCGGUGCAAAGCCCUUCUGCCGGUCAAGGUCUCCGCUACGGUUCCUGCUCUUCCAAGACAGGUGACCCGGGCAGGACUUCAGGAGAGCCUGCGGCCACCUGCAAAAACUGCCGCAUGGGGCAAAGCAGACGAGCCCUGGCCCCUCUUCGCCUCGCUGGCUGCUGUCUUCGGGGCUGCCCUCCUGUAUUGGUGCUGCUGGAACCCCGGCUUCUUCCUUUGGAGAGUCGGCGCAUGCAGAUUCCUGCCUGGUUGCAAUGGCCCCUGUGCUGCUUGUCACCUUUGCAUGCAGAGCUGUGCCCGUGGGAAGCCCGCCAAAGUGACCCCAGACGCUGCCACUGAAUUGCCUGUGUGACCUUGGCUAUUGCUUACAGAAAGCGGCAGGGAUGGGAUGGGGUCCAGCAGCCAGCCAGCUCGGCAGCCACCUCCAAGGGCAGGGAAACGCUGCCCCGGGCCCCCUCUUUCCCUCUUGAUUUACACAGGGAAGCAUUCUUGUGAAUCGGGGCCGUGAUUUGUGUGCUGGACAGAGGUCUGACUCCCUGCGGAGCCAUGAAACUUGCCAGGAGACUUUGGAUUGGCUGCACUCCGCCAACCUCACCUGCCCCUCAAAGCUGGGUGAGGCUGAAGCAGAGAAGGGAGAAUCCUGUCUGCCGCUGCCCGUAGAAGU